AUGGCUGGCAUGUUACAAUUCUCUUCGCGAAGUUUGCCUUGGAAUGUCAUUAGAUUAACAUCAAGGAUAUGGAAGACUGAAAAUUGCCAUGUCACCGCGAAAGCAAGAUUAUAUCAAGGUCUUGCAGGUCGAAGCUGGGUUUGGCGAAUAGAGAAUAAUGCAACCAGAAAACGUUUGAAAGUUCAACAAAACAUACAUCAUCUUCGAACUCAACAAUUCCAGUCUACUGCGGGUUUAUACGAGGAAAUACAGACGGUUAGUGCUCCUCAUUUCGCGGAAUCUGUAUCUGAAGGUGACGUGAAGUUUCAGAAAGAAGUAGGUGAUGCUGUGGCAGUAGAUGACGUCGUUCUCGAAAUAGAAACAGAUAAGACAUCAGUGCCUGUACCAGCGCCAGCAUCCGGUAUAAUUGUAGAGCGCCUGGUUCCAGAUGGAUCUCCGGUCAAAGCUGGUCAGGCUCUAUUUAAACUCAAAGUUACUGGGGUUGCUCCGCCAAAAGCUGCUGCCAAACCAGUUGCUGCAGGUAAGGCUGCACCACCGAAACCAGCACGAGCACCAGCAGCAGCACCACCACCACCACCAUCAUCAACUCCUGCCAAACCAAGUGCCCCGGGAAAACCAGCCACGGCUACACCUGCUGCUCCGGCUAAGGCGAUAAUUGGAACUCGUUCUGAGACGCGUGUGAAAAUGAAUCGUAUGAGGCAGAGAAUUGCUCAAAGACUAAAAGAGGCUCAAAACACAAAUGCUAUGCUAACAACUUUUAAUGAAGUAGACAUGAGCCAUAUUAUACAGUUUAGAAAGCAACAUUUAGAAGCAUUCCAAAAGAAGUACAAUCAGAAGUUUGGUUUCAUGUCUCCUUUUGUCAAAGCAUCAGCAUUUGCAUUACAAGAUCAACCUGUUGUGAAUGCUGUAAUUAGUGGAUCUGAUAUUGUGUAUCGCGACUAUAUUGAUAUUUCCAUUGCAGUUGCCACACCCAAGGGUUUAGUUGUACCGGUGCUUCGUAAUGUUGAAAGUAUGAAUUUUGCAGACAUUGAACUUGAAAUUUCAGCUCUAGGCAAUAAAGCUCGUAAGGGUACUCUAGCUGUUGAAGAAAUGGAUGGUGGUACUUUUUCUAUUAGCAAUGGUGGAGUGUUUGGGUCUCUAAUGGGAACUCCCAUAAUCAAUCCUCCACAGUCUGCCAUUCUUGGAAUGCAUGGUGUAUUUGAGAGACCUAUUGCAGUGAAAGGUCAGGUUGUCAUCCGGCCUAUGAUGUAUGUUGCUUUGACUUAUGACCACCGGCUUAUUGAUGGCCGUGAUGCUGUCUUCUUCUUGCGUAAAAUUAAAGAUGCUGUUGAAGAUCCACGUAUUAUGUUUUUAGGGCUCUAG